AUGGACAUGGACUUGGACGUGGACGUGGACGUGGAGGACUUGGACGUGGACAUGGACGUGGACAUGGACGUGGACGUGGACGUGGACAUGGACGUGGACGUGGACGUGGACAUGGACGUGGACGUGGACGUGGACGUGGACAUGGACGUGGACAUGGCGUUAACGGGAAUGGAGUGUUGGCCCCGCCCUCGCUUGGGCAACGCCGACAACUUGCGUCCCGUCGAACUGCAGCUCGACCGGGAGGACGUCGGAGCAGUUCUGGUCGACGGAAGGGGUCCGUCGACCAAGGGGUAG